AUGAGGGCCCUUUCUCUUGUAGUUGUAGGGGCUGGCUUGGCCGUGGCAGUUCCAGCACAGCCUCGAGGCGAAAAUCUGCCUUCGAUCCAGCUGGAGAACAUUGUCAAGAUGGACGUAACAAGCGAACCCAACGGGCUGGGGGCCCGUGAGAUCUUUGGGCCGGCUCUAGGAGUCGACUUCCCGGAUCCUGCCAUCAUCUGGGGCGAUGGCUCGUGGAAGGCGUACGCUACGUCCUCUAAUAACAAGAGAAUCCCCGUCGCCACUUCGUCUGAUGCCAAGUCAUGGACCUUGACCUCGACCGAUGCGCUCCCUAACCUACCGUCUUGGAUUGACACGAGUGAUGCUGGUCUCUGGGCUCCUGAUGUAAAUAAGAAUGACGAUGGAACCUAUGUGAUGUAUUUCAGCGGAAAGAAGACUGGCGGCAGACGAUGCAUCGGAGCGGCCACCGCCAAGUCCUCAAGCGGCCCAUUCACUGCAAGCGAGACGCCUCUCAUUUGCGACGAUGCGAAUGGUGGUGUGAUCGAUGCUUCAGGAUACGACGAUGGCAAGGAUCGCUGGAUCGUCUGGAAGGUCGAUGGGAAUGCCCUCGGCGGAGCGACCACCUGCCAGGGCGGAACACCCUCAGGGGCUUACAAACCAACCCCCGUCAAGAUUCAGAAGAUGAAUCGCGAUGCCCUCACGCUGGUCGGCAGCGCGAAGACCAUUCUCGACAACGAGGGCGCGAGCAACAACGGCGUUGUCGAGGCCCCGACCGUCCACAAGAUCAGCGACGGGAGGUUCAUUCUGUUCUAUAGCGCCCACUGCUACUCCUCCGAUGACUACGAUAUCGAGUAUGCCUUUUCUAGCACCAUUGACGGCACGUACGGCAACCGCGGGAUCCUCAUCCGAACUGUCGACAACAGGGGGAUCUACGCUCCCGGCGGUAUUGACGUUGAUCCUAACGGCAAGAACGUCGUUUUCCACGGCCGUACUGCCCCAUCGGGUCAGGGAGAUAGCAAGCGUCAGAUGUAUAGCGCUACGUUGACCUUGAGUAGCAACUCGGCCUCGAUUUAG